AUGGUUCGCUAUUUAGUUGCACAUGGAGCAGUGGUUUAUAAGUACAUGGAAGAUCCCGAACUCCCACCGCUUCCUUUUGCUGCAUUCGACAGCCGCUUGGAUAUCCUUCAAUUCUUGGUGAAUGUGGAAGAGACAGAUAGAGAAAAGAAGAAAAUGAACAUGCAUUUAGCACUCAGCAUAGCCAUCAUUAAGGGCCAAAACGAGGCAGCAGAAUUCUUAAUUGAUAACGGGACUCCAAUAAGUCGUUGGCAAGGGAAUGGUUUAUCCCCUUUGGAAUAUGCCAUUAUGGGAAGAAAUGAAGACAUGGUCUCAUAUCUUCUUUCUCGCAAUGCCUCGGUUAGCGAUACAAACCAGCAUGGCUUCACUCCACUUAUGACGUCUAUCAUUCAUGACAACCCUUCUGCAGCAGCACUGCUACUUUGUUAUGGUAUGGCACAAUUAUUGCACUAA